GAAGUUGUCUAAAAACAUGGGUUUCACCAAACUUCAUUAGCAAACAAUGAUCUUCUGCGUUGAGUUUGGUGUCUGUAGAAGGUCAUUAUCAAAAUACACUUGGUCGGCAUCAAGUGCCUGGCAGUGAUCCAAGCAUGCCAAUCUUAUCACUCGAUCUGAAAUGUAACAUGGUAGGAGUAACAAAGUUCACUCCUAGCGAUCCAGAGACUCAUAGAUGGUUCCUCAAGUUCCGAUGCAUGAACUGCGGUGAGUCACCUGACCAUUGGCAAUAUCUAGUUAUCAAUGAAGUGCUGGAAGUACCUGGUAGCCGCGGAGAAGCGCAUCUGGUAGAGAAGUGCAAACUAUGUAACCGAGUCAACACUGUUGCCAUCGUUCCCGAUUCCGUUGGCUCGUACGAUGCUGCAGAACAUAAUGAGGAAUGGCAGUCCAUGUUGCAGUUUGACUGUCGAGGCCUGGAACCAUACGAUUUUGAACUUCGUAAGAACGGCUGGACCGCAGUGGGUAUAGAAUCCGGCACAGUGUUCGAUGACAUUGAUCUUUCGGAAAAGGCAUGGGCUGACUACGAUGAAAAAGCAGGCGAAGCGACGGAGAUCAGUGACAUUGAAAUUCGAUUUGUUCAUGCAAAGGCUAAAAAAUAA